UCAAUAAAACGCAAUGCAUAAAAGAGACCAAAAUCAAAGAGGAAAUUGCAGGUUUCAGUAGGCUAUCAGAUCUCAAAAACAACGGUUUCUCUUCUUCACUGCUGUAAUUCCAAUCAAUAUCAUUAUAAUCGGUGAUAAUAACCUAAAGAAGACAUGGAAGACGUGCUAACAGAGUUACCACCGCCUUCACGUUUCUUCUUAGAAGAUUUAAACAACUUUGCUCCACCCGCACCACCACUACCAUCUCCCUUCAUAUUACACUCCACACCAAAUUCCAAAACCGUAAUUCGACCCUCACUCCUCAUAAUCGCGAUUUCCACCCCAUCUCUACACUUACUCCACCACUUAUCCCCCAAAACACUAAUCGGAACCCUAAUUCUACCGGAAAUACCAUCCUCAGGGAACUCUGUUAACCCUUCUCUUAAAGACAAAUCUUGCAACCUGUACGCCAUCAGCCACGGUAGUGAAUCCAUCGUUCUUGCCAACUUCCAAUACUCGGUUUCUUCAGAGCGAACCCACUCGAUUGCCAAAACGCUCAUCGGUCAAAACAUUAUCCCACAGCGUGUUGUGAUCUUUGAUUCUGUUCAAAGCCGAAACUUCCGAGGCAGGAUUUCAACAGAUGAUACAUUUGUAAUGAAGCUGGAAACCUCGAGGGAAAGAAAAAGGGUCCCGCUUUUGAAAAGUUUAAGCUAUUUUCCUUCAGGAAGUGUUGUAGAAGGGUUGGGUGCUGCUCUGUUGGGUUGUUGUCAGAUGAUGAAUAUAAAGGCGACUCUGUGUGUCUCGUGGCCUGAAUCGGGUGGUUUGGUAACGUCGGUGGUUAAAGAUUUGUUGCUUAAAGAUGUGUUGCCGAACAUGGAAGUUAGUAUUGAGGCUGAUGAUGAAGAUGAAGGCUUGAGGUUUGGUUUUAAAAAUCAUUACCUGGAUUCUGAACUAUAUACCUGAUUUCGAGUUCAAAUUUUUCAUACUUUUUUGUAUUUGAGAACUGAGCAGUGUGUAUUAUUCCUUUCUUGUAAUACAUGUACUUUUUAAGGAGUUGUGACUUUUUAGUGUUCAUUAUUUGGUUUGGUCUUGGAAAACAGAUCUCAACUCUAAAAAAACUAAAUGUUAAAAUG